AUAUAUAUAUAUAUAUAUAUAUAUAUAUAUUGCUUUAGCUUCUUGUGUUGUGAGUAUCGUUGCUUUAGCUUCAUACUAUUGUCAUUGUUAUUGAAGUCGUGUUAUAUUUACUGUGAAUCUCCACAGCUACCGCAGGGAUCUAUACUUUCUGUAUUGAACUGAGAAAACGCAGCCCAAAAUCGGGAAAGGAUGUCGUCGUUUAUGUAUUCAGUGCAGAAUGUAACAACAAACAGUACGGAAUAUAGUGUCACCAUCGAAGAACUCAACUGGCAACAAGUUUUGAUAAGACUUCCGUUUACUAUUCUUAUUGCAUUAACAAUGACCAUUGGUUUCGUUGGAAACAUUUUAACUAUUUACGUUUAUGGAUUUCGUUUGAAAUUAUCACCAACUUAUUUCUUUGUUGUGAUGCUGGCUUGUACUGAUUUGAUAAUAUGUGCCUGUGUGACACCAGCUCGUAUUGUCCAAAAUAUUUACCCUUUGAUGUCAACCUGGGAUAUAUUGUGCAAGUUCCAUUUGAGCUUAUCAGUAUUCACAGGACUUUGUAACUAUGGUUUUCUACUGGCCAUUGCAACGGAUAGAUACAGAAAAGUAUGCCAACCACUGAAGUAUCAGAUAACAAUGAAAGCUGCUAAAAUCAUCACAGCCUGUAUUUUUAUUUUCUGUGCAACACAGGGAAGUAUUGCUCUUCUUUACUAUGGAAGUAUCAAGAAACCGACUAUUUAUCCUGGUAUGAAUAGCUAUUCCUGCUCAGCAAAAAACUACAAGAAGCCUAACUAUUAUCAACUUGGAUUCUUUGCUCUCUACUUUCUGCUAGCAGUGUUUACGUUUGUUAUUCUUGUUGUUCUCUACGGCAUAAUUCUUCGACGUAUGAAAGUAAUGAAUAAAAGAAAAAUUGCCAUAUCCCAACAAAACAGGAAUAGCAUCGCAAGCUUACCCUGUUCUGAUAAGGGUCAACAAAAGUGGCUUGAUGUACCAGAAACGGUUGAUUCUAAUCGAUUAUCCACGAGCGUUUCUCUAGACGUAGUUGAAUUGUCUGUUACCGAAAUAUCAUCUAAAGUUUCCUCGGAUGAGAUAUCAACGGUAUAUACGAAAAACAUUGCACCUCGUAUGACUAAAUUACGGGAAGCGGACAGCGAAAGACGAGCAAAAGAACAAGCCAAGAGGACAAAACGUACCACUAUAACAAUGAUGAUGAUUACUGUCGUCUUCAUAAUGACCUAUUUGCCUUGCACCGCUACAUUGAUAGUAAACGCAGUUGUGAAAUCCCUAAGCUCGGCUCCGAAAGCAGCAUUGUUUUUCUACUGGUUUGCACGACAUAGUUUUUACAUCAGUUCUUGCUCAAAUCCCAUUAUUUACAGCUGCAGGAACAAAAAUUUUAUAGACGAAAUUAAAAAGAUAUUUGGAAUAAAACGGAAAUAAAUUGAAACAAACUAUCUAAUGGAUGCAAAAACUCUAACAAAAAAUUCUAAGAGAUACACAGCUGCUGCUGCUUCUUCUUCUUCUUCUUUCUUCUUCUUCUUCUUCUUCUUCUUUCUUCUUCUUCUUCUUCUUCUUCUUCUUCUUCUUCUUCUUUGUUUCUCUCUCUCUCU